AUGCUGCCCGAUCCAGUCGAAGUCCAGAUCCCCAAGUCGUACUCGACUCUGCCCGUCAGGGACAUCAAGAUCUCCCACUAUCCAGAACAUGCCCCUGAAGCCACCGCCGUCAUAGUCAUUACGCUCAACCGUCCCAAACAAGGCAAUGCCUUCACCAUACAGAUGAUGUACGACCUCGAGCUAGCCUACCCCAUGUUCGACCUGGAUGAGCGAGUCAAAUGCAUCGUCAUCACCGGCGCAGGGAGGACUUUCUGCGCAGGUGCUGAUCUCGACAUCGGUUUCCCAAGCGGCGGUGAGAGGGAGAAAUUGGUCCAUCACCGUGAUCCUGGAGGGCGCUUGAACCUGUGCAUUUACCGGUGCCGAAAACCAACCAUCAUGGCGAUGAACGGGUCUGCAGUCGGUCUGGGCAUGACCAUGGGACUGUCUGCUGCCAUACGCAUUGCCCACACGUCGUCAAAGUAUGGCUUCGUUUUCGCCCGACGCGGCAUCACGAUGGAAUCGAACAGUUCUUUCUUCUUGCCCAAGCUGAUUGGAUAUUCGAAUGCUGUGUAUCUUCUGACCACGGGCGACGUGUAUCGUGGAGACUCCAAACACUUUGGAGGUUUGUUUCAGGAAAUCGUAGAGGAUCGAGAGGGUGUACUGAAGAGGGCACUGGAGCUGGCUACAAGCAUUGCGGACAAAACGAGUAUCUUGGCUGGGUUCUUGAACCGCGAGUUGAUGUGGAGAGGCAAGCCGUCAGCUGAAGAGACCCAUCUGCUCGACAGCGCUGUGCUGUACCACAUGUUUGCCAACAAGGACUGUCAAGAGGGCGUGCAAAGUUUCCUGCAAAAGCGAGAGCCGAAUUUCUCCGCCUCCCUCGAAAAAGACGGGCCUCCGUUCUAUCCGUGGUACAGCGAGGUCGACACUGGGUCGAGACCGCGUAUCGACACUUCAAGCAAGGCCAAGUUGUAA